UCCUAAUGGCCAGCGUCGGGCAAGGCAUGACGCAGAUGCAACCCUAUCAAUCUUGAAUCAAUCAUCCUGCCAUUCACGAUUCACGCGUCUUGCCUUUGCGUGAAAGCACCCACGCGUAUUUCACAUCUGCAUGACCUGCUACGACAAGACCUGACCAAUCCACCACCAUCAUCCUCGCCCCGUCUUGGGCCAGCUCUCCUGACUCCUGUCCACUUGCCGCACCAAUCCGACCUCACUCGCGCACACUUGCACCUACUCUCUCCGGCCGGAACAAUCAUCGCACUGCCGUCUAAAGGGUCGCAUCCACCAUGUCGCAUGCCCUCCAUCGUUACUUUCACGCCAACGCAAGCGGUUCCACGGGGAGCAACGGCUCCUCUAGCGAUGUCAAGACCAUUGGAGCUCCUUAUGCUCUCGUCACCGGAGCGACGGGGGGUAUGGGCGAAGAGUGGGCUUUGCAACUAGCAGAAUUAGGCUUCAACAUCAUCAUUCAAGGUCGAAAUCGGACAAAGUUGGAAGCUGUCAAGGCUCAAAUCUCCAAGCGACAUGCUGCUGCAUCCUCACGCAACGCCGGCGAUGCGGUCGAUGUACGACUGUUGGUGUGCGAAGCGACAAUCUACCCAAAUGCAGGACUGACGGACGGACUAGCCGCUGUACUUUCAGACUCUUCCAUUCGACUGACAGUUCUCAUCAACAAUCUUGGUGUCAACGUAACGCACUUUCCCAGAUUGGAAGAUACGAGAUCGGAAGAGAUUGCAGAGAUUGUCAUUGCCAACUCGUUCUUCCCGGCAGAAACCGCGAGGAUUUGUCUGCCGCAUUUGAAAAGGCAUCAGCCUGCUUUGCUCGUCACUGUGACGAGCCUCGGCGCUUGGGCCACACCGCCUUACCUGGCUCCUUACAUCGGAACAAAAGGCUUCGACGUGGCUUUCUCCGACUCUUUGCGCAACGAGCAGAUCUCGGAAGGGACGCAAGUAGACGUGGUGUGCAUGGCGCCGGGUCAAGUGCAAAGUGGAAUGUGCAACGAGCCAGUAGGAUUGAUGAUUCCCACAUCCAAGGACUGGGUCACUUCCGCCAUUGCUUCUUUGAGGUCUACGUGGUGGACUCCAGUGCCUGCUGCUGUGAUCGCCCCAUGGACCCCACAUGCGUGGGGCCAGUGGUUCACAGCUCUAGCACCUAGAUGCAUCAUCGGUCCCAUGUCGCGCAACAUCAUCAAGGAUCUCAAAGCCAAAGAGGUGGACGCGAGAAAGGGCUUGUGAGGUCUCGUACGAUGAGAUUCCAGUUUGACUACUAGCCAGCACGGAAUCGAGAAUCGAGGGCAUCGAUCGAGCUCGUAGCUCUGCUUUGGGUCAUUCCUGCAGAGCCCCCGGGAAAGUCCGAAUCAUUUCGAAAUGAAAGCGGGAUGAAUCGAGAAUGCAUGAGAUACCCUUGCACCCUUGCCACCCUCUCUUUGUGCACGAGCCCAAGUGCUGAUCUGACCAUGAGCAUCGAAGCGCAUUCACAAUUCGUCACUCACGACUCGAAUGCAGGGAAUGUGUCGAGUCGCUCGCUUCCUUUGCUCUGUAUGAGGACCUCCUUGUGAUCGCUUGAUCCAUUCAUUGUUCCCCGAGUCGGCUCGCGAGUCAAGAUCCA